GGAAUGCACUCUGCUUAUAUCCACCUUGAUCGUGGGGUAUAGCCGGCUGACUGCUGUCCGGACCUUGCUCUGGCUAUGCACAGAAGAGUGAUGGUAGCUUGCUACGUCUUGGGCCACAGGGUGGCGGUUAGGCCCGAUGCUUGCGACGCUAGCGUUCUGUUCCACGCGCUCUUACAACAGCCGCCUCGGCAAGGUGUACGCUUCCUCGCUACUGCUAUCCGCUCUGCACCUCGUUCACCGUCCCGGCUUGGAGCUGUAACUACGUCACUAUCAAGCAAAUCGAGAACGAGGCCUCAGUCAUUAGGCUGCGAACAGAGCCGGCAAGAAUGCAUGCAUUCUUCUGCUUUCAGCCGCUCGGUACACUCCUCACACGCGCAGGAUCCGAACAGCAAAGCGCAGCGCAAAGCCGCAUGGAAGCGUAAUCAAAAGGCGCCGACGUUCAUCGACCGCUUAACGCUCCUCGUCUCCUCCGGACGGGGCGGUGAUGGCUGCGUCUCUUUUGCACGUGAAAAAUACAAGCAGUACGGCCCGCCCUCCGGUGGCCAUGGCGGUGAUGGUGGUGAUGUGUGGCUCGUCGUUGAUGAGGAGUUGAGCAGCUUGGCGCGAGUCGGCGGCGGAGGCGCCGGCAGCGCAGUCGACACGCAGCACGCCCCCAUAAGCGGCACGUGGGCCAAGCCGGUGGCGGCAGGUGAACAGCUAGGAUCAUCUACUGCGACGCUUGGGUCGAUGCUCCGUGCAAAGGAUGCGGAGAACGGCCAGGGGAGUUUUUUGAGCGGUAAGAAAGCGGCAGACAGGAUCGUGCGCGUUCCCGUCGGCACCAUCGUCAAAGUUAAGUUUUUGCAGCCUUCCUACUUGGCCAAGGCUUCCGCAAAGCAGCGUGAGCAUCACCGUCACAGCACUCGUAAUUCCAUUUCCGCUUCGAAAAGGGAAGGUCUCCAACUCAGCUCCAAAGAAGAUGAUGCCAUCGACGGGACGAAAGCGUCAGAUGAAGCAGAUCACGAGGUGCACGAAACAAACUCAAGGGACGGUCAUAUUUCUUCUUCCGAGGACGACUCAGGAGAAACAGGCACAAUGCGAGCGCUCUAUGAAGACGAGCUCAUCGCACGGUCUAUCCGUAUGACUCCCCGCCGAUACCGACCAAGCAUGCCGCUGGCGCUACUAGCGCCUAGCGCCCCAAAAUCUUCUACCCAGGUAGCUUUCACGGCUGGUAAGCAAGAUGGAAAAUAUGGCGGUUCCAUUAACCAUUGCGAGAUCGAAUAUGAGCGGGCAUUGGAGUUCAACCCAAUGCACGAACUCGAGGACGAAUACGAGCUCCGUGUCCAAAGCGAGCAGCUCAGCGCUGGCUCGGCCUGCGGUUUCGGACGCGAGCAGGAACAUCAUUUGGAGCGGCGCGCACAUUGCGAUACGCUCUGGCGACACUAUCCACGCGGAAACGUGCACGUCGAAGAGGGUGAAUUGGAAGAGUACUCCAGCAAGCGCUUCCGCGAGGCUGAGGCCCGCAUCGGCGCCGCGCUGACCCGCCGGAGGGAGAAGAGGCUCAAAGAGUUCCUAGCAUCCGUAGAUGUUUUUGAACGCCAGAAGGUGGACAGGCACAUGGAGAAGGAAAAGGUGUGGAAGGAAGCUGAUCCUGACAUGGCUGGCUUGAAGGUACAGGCCAGAGAGCAGGAUGAGGAGUACGAGGGCUGGGAUUACAUUCUGGAUCUUGACAAACCGACGCUGCACCCUUCGCAACUGAUGGGUAACAGCAAAUUCCUGCCAUCCUCCCAUUCUUCGCUUUCCUCCUCCGCACCCUCUUCAGCGCUGGCCGCUCCGAUCCUCCUCGCUCGCGGCGGCUCUGGCGGCAGCGGCAACCCGUACUUCCUCUCCACUUCGAACCGCUCACCUAAGUUCGCCACGCGCGGUAGUGCCGGCGAGGUGGUCCUACUGCACCUGGCGCUCAAGUCGGCAGGGGACGUCGGGAUGGUCGGUCUGCCGAAUGCAGGCAAAAGCACCCUGCUGCAGGCACUCACGGGUGCUGAUGGACGGAAUGGCACGGGAAAAGUGGGCGGGUGGGCGUUUACGACGCUCAGUCCUGCUAUGGGUGUCAUGCGUCUCGGCAGGAGUGGGCGAGUGAUAGGUACCGGCACCGACGUUAUCAAAGAGACAGAAAAGAGAGCCAGGGAUGGGUCGGCCAUCACUGCCGAAGCGGAUGCUACCGAUGCUACAAUUCUGGAUAAUGCAGCAGCUAGCAAUUCGAUCCCCUUCGACCAUCCAAUUGCACUGCAAGAAGAAGACAGUAUUGAAGAAGAAGUGUACCGCCUCAAGAUUGCCGAUCUUCCCGGAUUGAUCCGUGGCGCAUCCCAGAACAUAGGGCUCGGUCAUGCAUUCCUACAGCACGUCGAGAGGUGCUCGAUCCUCGUCUUUGUCAUCGACCUCGCCGGUGGCCUCUCCGCCAGCGGCAAACCCAAGGACGCUGAGGGCGAUGAUCCUAUCGAGACGCUCGAGACGCUAUUCAAUGAGCUGGAGGCGUACCAGCCAGGCUUAAGCGCACGCGCACAGCUUGUGAUCGCCAAUAAGGCCGAUCUUCUUGGCUCCUCCACCGCUUCAGCAGAAGCUGCCUUGCCAGCAACGAAAGAAGCGGCCCGCGCGUCACUCGCGCGCCUGCGCACGUACGUCAAUACGCGCAUGUACGCUCUGCAGCGCGAAGCUGCUAAGCACGCUGGUGUGCAGCCACCGACGGAGCCGAUGCAGGUCAUCCCCGUCGCUGCCAAGUAUCGGAUGAACGUCAAUGCCGUUGCGCAGAGGCUUGCAGAGAUGUAUCGACAGGUGCGGACCCGUCCGCUGCAGCAGGAGCAAGAGCGACAGCGCAAAUCGGAUGCAAAUGAACGCACAGACUGGAAAUAGAGCGUUC